UUCUCUAACAGAAGUGCAUAUACUUAUAUUUCCGGAUCUCCAAGAUCCAAAAUGAAAGGACAAGUUUACUUCUUUGAGAAAUAUAAUAAUACAGAAUUAAAUAUAUCGUUAAUAAUUACUGAUGAACAAUUUGCUUCUAGUUUUGGGUAUGAAAUGCUCGCUGCUGAUGUAAAUAAUGAUGGAUAUGAUGAUUUACUAGUAGGUGCCCUUUUUUAUUAUGGUGAAAUGAAAGGAGGUGCUGUUUACAUUUAUUAUAACAUUAGAGAUUGCAGUUGAGACAACUGCACUUGGGAUAAAGUUUUCUAUGGAAAGACUCAAGAUGACAAUUUUGGGGCGAAACUAUCUCAUUUGUAGUAAAUGUGGGCUCGGCACUAAAUCAAAUUUCACUUAAAAAUUCAGGAUUAUUUAAAUAUUCAGCCAGUGUACUGUACUGUAGCCAAAAACAAAACUCCAAACACCUUUCUUCAUCUCAUACUAUGGAGAAAAUUUGGUUUCUUCUUUCCUUUUUUCUUUUAUUUUAUUUUUUGCCAGACACCUGAUAAUUUCUCUAGGGAUAUUAAGAUUUAAAGUAGCCAUUCUAAUAUUAGCCCGGGGAUUAUUAUUAAAAUAUUGUAAAAUUUGGUUAUUUCUAAAAAUUAUAUUAUAUCUAAUUUUAAGUAAAUUUUUUGAA